AUGGCUCCGGACCCCUGGUUCUCCACAUAUGAUUCUACUUGUCAAAUUGCACAAGAGAUUGCUGAGAAAAUUCAACAAAGAAACCAGUAUGAAAGAAAUGGUGAAAGUACAACCAAGCUUACCGUGACAAUCAGAGUUUUGUUGCAGAAUUUGAAGGAAAAGAUCGCCCUUUUGAAGGACUUAUUGCUAAGAGCUGUGUCAACACAUCAGAUAACCCAGCUUGAAGGGGACCGAAGACAGAACCUACUGGAUGAUCUUGUAACCCGAGAGAGACUCCUUCUGGCAUCCUUUAAGAAGGAGGGUGCAGAGCCCGAUCUCAUCAGGUCCAGCCUGAUGACGGGAGGGGCUAAGCGAGGCGCACCCAACCCUUGGCUCUUUGAGGAGCCGGAGGAGACUAGAGGCUUGGGUUUUGAUGAAAUCCGGCAGCAGCAGCAGAAAAUCAUCCAAGAACAGGAUGCAGGCCUCGAUGCCCUUUCUUCUAUCAUAAGUCGCCAAAAGCAAAUGGGGCAAGAGAUUGGGAAUGAGCUGGAGGAACAAAAUGAGAUCAUCGACGACCUUGCCAACCUGGUGGAGAACACCGAUGAGAGGCUCCGCACCGAGACCCGGCGGGUGACCCUGGUGGACAGGAAGUCGACGUCCUGCGGAAUGAUCAUGGUGAUUCUCUUGCUGCUCGUGGCUAUUGUGGUGGUUGGGGUCUGGCCCACCGGCUAG